AUGUGGCAUAUUUCUUUCGUCUCAGUUUUAUACUUCUGCUUACUUCUUAUAAUCUCCCAUCAAACUGCAAUAUCAGCAGACAUAAUCAAUCAAACCUGUAAGAAAUGCGCGGAUGAAUCCAUCGUCUUUAGCUACGAAUUCUGUUCAGCUUCUCUCCAAGAAGUUCCUGAAAGCAAUGUGACUAAUCUUCAAGGACUAGGAAGCAUAGCAAUAAAGCUAGCUCUAGACAAUGCAACCAACACAAUUUCAAUCAUAGAGCAGUUGCUGACCAACAAAACCUUAGACCCUUUUGCCUUGGCUUGCUUAGAAGAUUGCUCGGAACACUAUUCGGAGGCGAUCACGACGCUCAAGGACUCCAUCAAAAUAUUUCUUGAAGAGGAUUAUGACACUGCCAGGAGGUUGUUGACUGUAGUGAUGACUGCAGUGACAACUUGUGAAGAUUGUUUCAAAGACAAAGAAGGAGUGGUAUCCCCUUUGGAAAAUGAGAAUUACAGUCUCUUCCAAUUAUCUGAUAUUGCACUUUGCAUCGUCCAUUUGCUCAGUCUGGUUGUACGUUCUUAUAAUCAGUAA